UCAGCCAAUGGGGUGAAGGGGUUGUGGAGGAGGCGGGGUUUCUCCCAGCCAAUCGCCCGAAGCGACCCCCGCUUGCCGCUCUAGGCCGCGGCGCCUGGGCUCGUUAGUCCCAGAAGGCGCCGGUUUUCCCAAGAUGGCCGCCGACGUGUCCGUUACUCAUCUGCCCCCGCAGAGCCCGGAGGCUGGGGCCGAGGCUGAAGCCGAGGACGGUGCGGAGCGCCGGGCGCCCGAGGAGGAGCUGCCGCCGCUCGAGCCCGAGGAGAUCCGGAAGCGCCUGGAGCACACCGAACGCCAGUUCCGUAACCGUCGCAAGAUACGGAUCCGGGGCCUCCCGGGGGACGUGACUAACCAGGAAGUGCAUGAUCUACUCCGCGACUUUGAGCUCAAGUACUGUUUCGUGGACAAAUACAAAGGGACAGCGUUCGUGACCCUGCUGAACGGGGAGCAGGCGGAGGCGGCCAUCAGUGCCUUCCACCAGAGCCGGCUGCGGGAGUGCGAGCUGGCGGUGCAGCUGCAGCCGGCCGAUGCACUCCUGUGCGUGGCCAACCUGCCGCGCAGCCUCACGCAGCAGCAGUUCGAGGAGCUGGUGCGGCCAUUCGGCAGCCUGGAGCGCUGCUUCCUGGUAUACAGCUCGCGCACCGGCCAUUCCAAGGGCUACGGCUUCGCCGAGUACAUGAAGAAGGACUCGGCCGCCCGGGCCAAGUCGGACCUGCUGGGCAAGCGACUGGGCCGCCGCACCCUCUACGUGCACUGGAGCGACGCGGGCCAGCUGACGCCCGCACUGCUGCACUCCCGCUGCCUCUGCGUCGACCGCCUGCCCCCCGGCUUCAGCGACGCCGAUGCCCUGCGCCACGCGCUCUCAGCCGUCCACGCGCCCACCUUCUGCCAGCUGGCCUAUGGCCAGGACGGGCAGCUGAAGGGCUUCGCGGUGCUGGAGUACGAGACGGCCGCCAUGGCUGAGGAGGUGCAGCAGAGCGCCGACGGCCUGGCGCUGGGGGGCAGCCACCUGCGGGUGUCCUUCUGUGCCCCGGGGCCCCCUGGCCGCAGCAUGCUGGCCGCGCUCAUAGCCGCCCAGGCCACGGCCCUCAAUCGGGGCAAGGGGCUCCUCCCGGAGCCCAACCUCCUGCAGCUGCUGCACCACCUGGGCCCCUCCGCCUCGCUCCAGUUGCUGCUCAACCCCCUCCUGCACGGCAGCGCGGGGGGCAAGCAGGGCCUCCUGGGUGCACCCCCUGCCGUGCCGCUGCUCAACGGACCCGCCCUGUCCACGGCUCUGCUGCAGCUGGCCCUGCAGACGCAGAGCCAGAAGAAACCUGGGAUCCUGGGAGACUCCCCUCUGGGCCCCCUCCAGCCAGCCAACCCCCUGCUCGGGGAGCUGCCCGCAGGUGGGGGCCUGCCCCCCGAGCUGCCGCCCGGACGGGGCAAGCCACCGCCCCUGCUGCCACCUCUGCUCGGCCCCUCGGGGGGUGACCGUGACAGUCUGGGUCCCCCCAUUGCCCAGCUCACCCCGUCGCCCACCACUGUGGGGAUUCGGGGCUCCAGCCUCCGGGGCCUCCAGAAAGAUGGAGGGCCUCUGCCGACGCCCCCCGGGGUCUCCCUGCUGGGGGAGCCCCCCAAGGACUUCCGGAUCCCCCUGAACCCCUACCUGAACCUGCACAGUCUGCUCCCAGCCAGCAACCUGGCGGGUAAGGAGGCCCGGGGCUGGGGGGGCCCCGGGAGAAGUGGCCGCGCCGCCGAGGGCCCCCUGCCGAACCCUCCAGCCGCGGGUGGCAGCGGCAAGGCCUUCCCGCUGCGGGCCCGCCCGCACCCCGAGCCGGGCCUGCCCGACGGCUACGGCGGCUUCGACUACGCCCCGGAUGUGGGGUCUCGGCGGCUUUUUUCUCACCCGCGGGAGCCCGCCCCCGGGCCUCCUGGGCCCAGCCGCCACAAAAUGUCACCCCCACCCAGCGGUUUCAGCGAGCGGAGCGGCGGGGGCCCCCUCCCCCAUUUCUACUCAGGCUCCCCCACGUCCUACUUCACCAGUGGCCUGCAGGCUGGCCUCAGGCAGAGCCACCUGAAUAAGGCCAUCGGCUCCUCCCCGCUGGGCUCCAGUGAGGGACUCCUGGGGCUCAGUCCCGGACCCAAUGGGCACAGCCACCUGCUGAAGACCCCCCUGGGUGGCCAGAAACGCAGCUUCGCCCACCUGCUGCCUUCCCCUGAGCCCAGCCCCGAGGGCAGCUACGUGGGCCAGCACUCCCAGGGCCUGGGCGGCCACUACGCAGACUCCUACCUGAAGCGCAAGCGGAUUUUCUGAGCGGACGACGGGCUCCAGCGUCGCUUUGGGGGUUUCUGGUGUCGCGUUUGACGAUUUUCUUUCUUUCUUUAUUGUUUUUAAUCAUUCCUCCUGGCGGUAACUGAAGACUCUGAAAAAGACUGACCGACCAUUGUGGGGACCGGGGCAGUGGGGGGGCACUCUGCUCCAGCCAGCCCCUGCCAGUCCCUCCCUACAGCCUUAGGAGGGAGGGGUGUGGCCCACUCUCCCCCCUCCCACGCCCACCUGUGUGUGUCUGUCCGUCGUUCCAUCAGGCGCUCUUUCCUGCCUCAACACUCCUGUAUCUCGGCCUCCUGAGUGCCUUGGAGGUCCCCCUGACCUCCCAUGAGGAUCAGAGACUGUGUCCCCCCCCUUUUUUUUAACUUUGAGAAAUGACAUGUUCCCUUUUCUAGAUUUUACGAUUUCUUUUUAAACAGUCCAGGCUGGUGCCCCAGCUCGGACACCCCCGCUGUGUCCAGCCCUCCUGUGCCCCACUGACGGUUACACACGACUCCUGCUCCCUUUCUCCUACGGUUGCUGUGGGCACAGCUUUCUCCUGGCUGCUGCCCGCCCUCUGCCACAGCCCCCCACCCCCGACCUUCUGAUGCCUUAAAGCCAGUUCCUCUCCUGCCAGCUCCCCUCCCCAGCCAGAGACUCACAGGAGCUCCAGGAGCUUGACUCGGACCAAACAUCUGUGGCUGGGGCGGGUUCCGCCUUCUCUCCCCGGAGGCCACCCUGAGGAUCCUAGGAGGCCACCAAGGGUUGGGGGAAUCGGGUCCCACCAUCCCUUCCACCCAGGCCUGGGUGCAGAGCCAAGAGCGCCCGCUUCACUCAUCUGUGGGAGUCUGGGUCCCAUUGUUCCUUUCGCUGGUCCUCUGUGGACCCCACUUCAGAUGAUUCCAGUCCCUCCCCUGAGGUCUCUUGGAGCCGGCCUCCCUUAAAAGGGGCCUCAGUGCUGGUAACCAGGAACUUCAUGCAGAAGAAUUCUGCCCCUGGCAGCUAGCAUGACCUAUCCACCUAAGGUAACCCUGGGCCCUCGCCC